UCGUUUAUACCACACUAUCUAAUGAAUGCAUCACCCUAUACGAUUCGGUAUAAAUAAAUAUUUAGACAUAGUUGGCUUUGGAAAAAUGAUAUGUCAUCUCGAACAAAUGAGCAUCGUUAGAUUUAUACGUCGAAUACAGUUUAGUAGAGAAUUCUUCUUAAAAAUCAUCCAAAAUGACCAACUGUUGUACUUUGGAACAAAUUCAAACGCUUGUUUUCUACGCAGAAAAUUUUAGCCCCAACGAAGUUCAGGAAGUAGUCGAAUGCUUUUCGUUUGAGUCGAUGAUCAAUAUUAACAUAUUAAACCACGAGUUACUAAGGCUGCAUAUCCUUUUUUUGAAACAACUAAUACUACACGACAUAUUUUAUCGAAAAACAAAACCUAUCAAACAUACCAUGACGUUCAUAUUAUCUAAUCUACAAAUAUUCAAAGAUGAUCACUUGCACGAUAUUUUAGGUUGGUUGUUAGGAUUGUUAAGAGGUUUGAUUCAAAAAGGUAAAACUUUUGAACAUUUGAAAGAACUAUUUCAGGUUAAAAGAGAAAAAAUUUUUGAUGUACUAGUGUCGAUAUUGAGAUUAAAAACGUUCAAUUUGAAUCACGUUAGCGACUUUAUGUCUAUUCUGUGUGAUAUAUUUGUAAUUGAUGGUUUUUUGUCCGAAUCGCAUUUAAGAAAUUUGGUUGAUAUAAUUCAAGCUUUUAAAAGUUUAGGCGUAAUUUAUGAAAUUGUUCUCAUAUCUCAAAUCGUUAUCAAAAAAUAUCAGAUAUUUUCGGAUGCGUUUUCGAUUUGUUCCUUAUGGGUUUUAACCGAAGGAAUCGAAAUUUUAUUAGAAAAUAACGAAGAACACAUAUUGUUAAAACUUUUACAAGUACUCGAUUAUAUUUUUUCAAAAUUCGAUACGAACGAAUCUCGAUCAUAUCAAAAUAUCAAACUAAGAGAAUCGAUUGAAAAUAGCAUCGAAAUACUAUGGAAAAAUUCCGAUAUCAUUUUAUCGUUUUCAAAUAGAGAAUGUCUACGAGAAAAUUCUAUGAGAAUAUUUUGUAUUGUUCUUUUUAAACAACCUAUAAAUAGUGAUUGGGAAAUCCGCUAUGAAAAUUUAACACAACUACCGGUAGAUCCUUUAGAAUGGGUUAAUUUGGAACCGGAAACGUUUUUAAGGAUUUGCUAUUCAGUUUGUUCACAUUUCAAAGUAAUAUGGCCGCCGUUAAAAAUUGUAAACGUAAUAAAAUCUCUAAUAUAUUCCUUGCAACGUUUCUCUCUAAAAACAAGUCUUUUGAAGAUAAUUUGCUUCAUUUACCCAUUCGUUUUACCGGAAUGCAUAAACGAAAUAAACGUUAUUUUGGGUGACGAUAUUUUAAUACUUUUAACAAAAAGAUUUUACGAAUUGGACGACGUCUUUUCCCCGCACAUAAGUCAACUGAAUUGGAUAUUAUUACGAGGCGAAUGUUCGUUGAAAGAAGCCGUUAUUUGUUAUUGGUUGAAAAAUGAUAACGAUAAGAACGUUUUAAUAAAAUGUUUGAUGCAAUGCGAGGCGCAAAAUAUUUUAAUCAAAAUACUAAUAAAUCCCUUCUUAGAUGACAAAUCUUUAUACGAAAAGGUUGCAGAUUUGGUAAAAAGUAUGGGAGAUUUCAAUUUGAAUACGCAAAUAGCCAAAAUGUUACCGGUGUAUUCGGGCGUUCCUAAAUCGUUUAGACGUCUGAUGAUUACCAAUCCGGCAGUACCUGAAGAUAAGGAACUAUCGAAACGUUUGUGCAAAUUUAUGUCGCUACAUAUAAUUUUUUUGGCCGACGAAUACAUAUUCGGUUUGGCGUGCGAUUACAGUAAAAACUUGUUGACUUAUCUCAAACACGACGUGGACGUGGUGAAUAUGUUUUGCGGAAAUUACAAAACUAUUUUGCUUAUAUUGAAACGAUUGAAGAAAUUCAACGAAGAAACGGCUGUCAAAACGAUGGGACUUAUAAAAGUCUUACUACUGAUACAGAAACGGAAUCACACCGAGGUCGAUACGCCUAUCGAAAUAGAUUUGAGUUACUUUCUCGAAGGUUCGAGGAAUAAAUUGGAAAAAGGUUUAGACAUUUUGCAUCUUUUGACGUGCCAAAAUUUAUUUAUUCGUUUAUCUCAAGAAAGUAUCAAUAAAAUUUUCACGAUAUUAUUUUCUUUCUGUCAAGAUCCUCGACUCGCCUCAAUGAGCUUUACGUGCCUCACUCAAAUUUUGAAAUGCAAUAAUUGGUUAUCAACGACUGCCACCCUAAAUAUCUUUAUCGAAACAAACUGCAGUUUGGCUGUCGAUAAAGUAUCUUGGCAGGAAUUUUUGGAAUUUCUAACGACGUGGAUAAAAAUUUUGAGAAAGCGCUUGCCCACCGAUUCGCCAUUUUACCUAGCACACACCGGCAUCAUUAGAAAUUACAUUAAAAGAUUACCAGGCUUCCCCAAAAAAAAGGUAAACCACUUACUGAUUAUGCUCGAACAUUUAGACUUUUUAAAGCCCAAAUCGACAAAUUAUUAUUCAAUUAUUAAAAAAUACUAAAACGCCACCUUAAAAAUUAAAUUUUCUCAUAAAUAUAGGAAUUUGUAAUAGUUUUCAAUCGUGUUAAUAAUUUUUGUAUAUUCAAUUUAAUAAAAAAAAUUGUUUAA